CGGCACAGAAAAGCGGUACGUUCCUCACUGUUUUUGUGACGUUAGCGGCGUUAGGGCUGUGCACGCCAGUCAGCGCUGCUCGCAACAACUUUCUGCGGCACGAUGACGCCUUACCGAAGGGAUGCUCCUGGACCGGUGCAGUACUGGAAGUUUCGCAGGAGAAAAAGUCCGACGAGCUGCAGUGUAAAAUUAAAACUAUAACCAAGACCGAGAGUCUGCUGGCUAAUAUAAGUAGUUAUCAAAUUGAUAGGAUUAAAUCGCUGAAACUAGAGUGUAACGACAUAAUGUUCUUUGAAAGUUCCUUAGAAUCGACGACGACGCCCGGUAACUUUUUGGGAAACCUGAACGGUUUGCUGAGACUGUCGAUAGAUUAUUGCAAAAUUAAGUAUAUUCCUGCGAUGGCUUUUUCCAACAUGAAAGUACUGAAGAGCCUCUCGCUCAGCACUCACAAUGUGGACUGGUCUGUGAUGAACCUGGAACUGCACCCGGACAGCUUUCGAGGUCUGACCGAGCUUAAAGAGAUUCACCUGGCAGAUAAUAACAUAUGGAGUCUGCCAAACGAAGUAUUUUGCCCACUGUAUACUCUGAAAGUGCUCAAUCUGACCGGAAAUAGACUGAGUGAUAUUUCCCAGUUGGGUUUAUCUGACUGGGGCAAAGGUCCAAUAGCGCCUGGAAAGGCCUGCAACACUGGUUUAGAGGUUCUCGACUUGUCAGGAAAUGACAUCACCUUGAUGGCAGACAACGGACUGUCGGCAUUAAGAUCUUUGAAUGCACUUUACCUGCAGGAAAAUUUACUGAAGGAAAUUGCGGACCGAGCAUUCGUUGGUCUUGGUACGUUGGAGAUACUGAAUCUUUCCAACAACAAAUUGACAGCUCUCACGCCGGAAUUAUUUUUGUCGUCGAGGAAAAUUCGGCAAGUUCAUUUGCAAAACAAUUCUCUUUCGGUGCUGGCGCCAGGUGUGUUCGAAGGUCUUGACCGGCUGGAAUCACUGGACCUUUCCCGCAAUCAACUGACGUCGACGUGGGUCAAACGGGACACAUUUGCCGGUCAGGUGCGCCUAGUGGUGCUAAAUCUAGGCUACAACCACCUUUCGAAGGUAGAUCAGCACGUCUUUAAGGGCCUGUACAGUUUGCAGAUUUUGAAUUUGGAGCACAAUGUCAUAGAACUGAUUGCCGAUGGUGCAUUUAGCGAUUUGAAAAACCUGCAUGCCCUCUUCCUGUCGCACAACCGGCUGCGCCAGAUUGAGCCGUACCAUUUCAGCGAGCUGUACGUCCUCAAUCAGCUCAUACUGGAAUCGAAUCAGAUUGCGUACAUUCACGAGCGUGCCUUCGAAAAUCUGACCCACCUGCACGAUCUCAGUCUGAACGAUAACCGACUGGAGGAAAUUCCGUCCGGUAUGAAAAAUUUAAAAUUCCUGCAAUCGCUGGAUUUGGGCAAAAACCAGAUUACGGAAAUUAACAAUUCUUCCUUCGAGGGCUUGGAGGAAUUGAUGGGACUGCGGCUGGUCGACAAUCAGAUAACGGAGAUUUCCCGGGAUACCUUUUUUGCGUUAUCCACCAUUCGUGUGCUGAACCUGGCCAGCAAUCGGAUACGCCACGUGGACCAGUCGGCUUUCAGCUCUAAUCCUACGCUGCGUGCCAUACGGCUUGAUAGCAACGAGCUGGAGGAUGUGGCGGGCGUUUUCACUUCCCUCACGUCGCUCGUCUAUCUGAAUAUUUCCGACAACAACAUCGGAUGGUUCGAUUAUUCACACUACCCACAGUCCCUGGAGUGGUUGGAUAUACACAAGAAUAAUAUCUCCGAGCUGGGCAAUCGAUACGAUGUGGGAAACUGGUUCCAGCUGAAAAUGCUGGACGUUUCGCACAAUCGCAUCAAACACAUCAAUUCGAGCUCGUUCCCCAAAAACAUCGAAACAUUGCUACUAAAUAACAAUCUGAUAGAGGAGAUUACCCCGGAGACUUUUACCAACAAGGAGAACCUGGUGAAGGUGGUACUGUACGGUAAUCACUUGCGCCGGCUGGAAAUGUCCUCACUGGCGCUGACUCUUGUUCCGGACACUCGAACAAUGCCAGAGUUUUACAUCGGCGACAAUUUAGUGCACUGUGACUGCAGCAUGGAAUGGUUACAACGUAUCAACGAGUUGAGUUACCUUCGUCAGUACCCGCAGGUGAAGGAUUUAGAUUCGGUCAUGUGUACAAUGGAGCACAAACGGGGCGAGCUGGUACGGCCGCUGAUGGAAAUGAAGGCCAGUGAGUUUCUAUGCAAAUACGAGAGCCAUUGUUUUGCUACGUGCCAUUGCUGUGAUUUUGAUGCAUGUGACUGCAAGAUGACAUGUCCGGAUCGAUGCAAUUGUUACCAUGACACGGCCUGGGAAUCAAACAUUGUGGACUGUGGCAGUGCCGGGCUGACAUCCGUUCCGGCGAAAAUCCCUAUGGAUGCCACCGAUAUCUAUCUCGAUGGGAACAACUUUGGUCAGCUGGAAAGUCAUGUUUUCAUUGGCAAAAAGAAGCUCAAGUCCCUGUAUCUGAACAACAGUCACAUUGCUGCGGUGAAUAAUAAGACCUUCGGAGGCAUCCCGGCCCUUACGGUUUUGCAUCUGGAGCACAACGGGCUGCAGGAAAUAGGUGGUGCCGAGUUUGAAUCAUUACGAGAGCUGAAGGAGCUCUAUCUGGAGCACAAUGCCAUCAGUUCGAUCGGAAACAAAUCGUUCUAUUAUCAGAAAGCAUUAGAAGUGCUUACGAUUAGUGACAAUAAACUCGGUGAGUUGAAGCCCUGGGAGGUGAUGCCACUAGGCGGCACGUUCCGGCUAAUCUCGUUAAGUGGUAAUAAACUGGGUUGUGCUUGCGAGUCGCUUGGCAAGCUGAUGGAGUGGGCCGAACGCCAAUUCAACGACACGAAUGGGCUAAGUGAAUUCCAGUGUUCGAAUAAUAAAUUACUAAAGGACGCGAUAAAGGAAUGCGAAAGCCACAAGAGCGCCCCGAUUGCGACGCCGACCGUGCAAAGGACGAUUAUCGAUAAUGAUUUUAUAGACUACUUGCCACUGUUGAUUGCCGUGCUAGCCGGACUGGUGCUGACGAUUCUGAUUGUGACGCUGGUAUUCAUCUUUCGGAAUGACGUUUGCCUGUGGGCCCACUCCCGGUACGGGGUGCGCAUCUGCAAGGACCCGCUCAGUGCGAUGGAGCGGUGCGAAGAUAAUGAGAAACUGUACGAUGGCUAUCUUAUCUACAGCGCUGCCGAUGCCGAUACGGUAACUAGUCAGAUAGCACAAGAAUUAGAACAUAAUGGUUAUGCGCUUUGUCUGCACUAUCGGGACAUUCAUUCGGCUGCUUUUCUGUCGGACUCGUUGCAAAGUGCCGCGGAUGCGUCCCGUAAGCUAAUACUGUUUGUUAGUGUAAAAUUCAUGCAGCACGAGUGGUCUCAGCCGGAAUUUCGAGCGGGACUGCAGGCCGUCCUCGAACUGAUCCGGCCGUCUCGGCGAAAGCAGAAACUCAUUCUGAUCACAUCGGUCCCGCACUCGAUGCUGGCGAUGGAUCCUAUCAUGGACAUUCUCACGCGAACCUGCACCGUUAUCUCGUGGGACGAUCGUCGUUUCUGGGACAAGCUUCGCUUCUCCAUGCCGGAUAUUGGCAAAAAUUCUCCUGUAAAUAAAGCCCCCCAUCGGAAGGCCAUCAACAUCCGGUACACGCCUGCCCCAACCAAUCCUACGGCCCCGAUUGCCACGUGGCCCAAGCGGCUUAACUCGGAGGUAUGCGUCCAGUACCCUCCGCAGCCGCCUCGCUCGCCGAACCACAGUACUUACAACACCGAAGACGACCAUUCGAAUGCUUCCUCGCCGCAGUACGAAGCACCGUCGCUACAUCACGCAGGAGGUCACGCAAUGGCGGCCACCCCUUUUCAUCAGCACCACCAUCACCACGGCCAUCCGGCAGCGAUGCCUCAUCCGUCGGCGCCACAUCACAUUCCACUGCAGUCUACGCAGUCCAACCAGUCGCCACACCUGCAAACCUAUCCCCAUCCUAUGCAUAAUCAUAGCGGUGGCAACAAUAUGGGAGCUCCCGUGGGGUACUACCGUGCCAGUAAGCCCAACAGCGGAACCAGCACCAUGGGCCAUGUAUAUUCCACCAUUCCGGAGCCGCAGUACAACACGCAUCACCCCAGCAAUCGCAACGAUAGUAAUCGACCGUACUUUGUGUAAUAUUUACUCUACUUUUAGUCCGUUUUAAGAAAUCUACUUUUUCGCGCUCUCUCUCUCUCUCCGUCAUACAUACUCAUUUACUCAUUCGUACUCGCUUCAAUAGUCCUAUCUUAAAAAAACGUGAAAAAAAUGUGUAUAAAAAUUGUUUACUAUUCUGUAGGCUAGGUCAAACAAUAACGAAAACAAGGAAAGACUUAUUUGAUUAGAAACCCACUCUCGCUGGAUCUUAAUCUCUCUUUCUCACAGGCCUUCCAUCCUAGUCAGUCACGCACGCAUUACCGCGCCAUCUAUUGAUCGCCAGUAUGAUGGUGUGAGCCAAUUCGUAAAACCGCUCGCUCGUUCGCUGAGGCUGAGCUUAUUUCCCACAUCCGCAGCGGAGGCCGCCCUGCGUGAUGAGCUGCUGCUGCUGCUGCUUGCAUUUCGUAAUGCUUUUUCAUCGUAAUAAUCGGAAUGAUUGUUGAUUUGUUUUAAUUGAAAGUGACCGCCUUCGGUGGGACGUUC